UGUCUCGGGCUAUCGGCGACCCAAGGCAACCGGCGAACCCUCCGAAGAAGCCUGCCCUUAUAGUAGUAGUCUUUCCUCCCCUGUUCCACCCGGACUCCCACUUUUUCCACUCAUCAACGCCGCGGAGCCGGCCGCUGCUCUGGUCCGUGGCCGCCGCAUUCUUAGCUUGCUCGGCACAAGAAAGCUAGGUUUCGAGUGGCCUCACGAUAAAGAUGAUCGGACGCGGUGGCGGCGGCGCGCAAAGGAAGGACGCGGAGGAGUGGCCGAACCUCGUGGAGGUUAUACUGUCCUGGAGCCUCGAGGAUGUCAUGAACGAGGGCCUCUUGAAGGACAAGGUGAAAAGGAUACCGUCCACAUUCAGUUACCUCAAGAGCUACCUAGAGUCGUAUGCCUCACCAUUGCUGGAGGAGUUGAGAGCUGAGAUGUCGUCUGGAUUGGAAUCCUUAUCCACCAUGCCCUUUGUCAGGAUAUCAUCAAUUGAAGAAAAGAAAGGCAACAAAAUCUAUGAAAUUUCUGCACCGCCUGAUUCCCAGAUUGCUAAGUCAUGUAAUCAACCUGAAUGUUACGCUCCAAGUGUCGGUGACAUCAUUAUCUUGUCUGAUGUGAAGCCGGGGCAUAUUUCUGAUGUUACUCGCAACGAGAAGCCAUACCGUAUUGCCUUUGUCACAGAAGGAGGGGAUGAAGAUGACGACUCACCACCAUCUAAGUAUGUGAUCAUAGCAUCGGGUAAAAUUGAUGCUGCUGAUGGGAAGUGUCAAAAUGGGAAAAGGAACUCAUUUUUUGCUAUUUAUCUUCUCAACAUUGUGACCUACAUACGUUUAUGGCGUUGCCUUGACUAUGAAACAGCAGCGAGAAGAAAUCUAGGCCUUAUACAGGAGAUGGUAAAUUAUCCACUGGUCCCCAAUAUUCUUCAGAAAUGCUCAAAGGAUGUCGAUUCCAUUGACAGCAUGGAAAUAUGGACCAAGUUAUCUACAAUGGACCUUAACAAUUCUCAGAAUGAUGCUGUCCUUAAUUGUAUUUCAGCAAUGCAUUGCAAUAGAAACAGCAGCAGUUUUAGUCUUAUCUGGGGUCCUCCUGGAACAGGAAAGACCAAAACAGUCAGUGUGCUACUGUGGUUAAUGAGAGAAAUGAAACAUGGUACACUCACAUGUGCACCAACAAACCUUGCUGUCAAACAAGUUGCUUCACGUUUCUUGAGAUUGAUUAAAGAGCAUUCUUUUGAUACAAGCAACCUGGGAGAUAUUCUAUUGCUUGGCAAUAAAGAGCGCAUGUGUAUUGAUGGUGAUCUCAAAGAGAUAUAUUUACAUGACCGUGUAAGGAAGCUUCUUGGCUGCUUUGCACCAUUGACUGGAUGGAGGCGACACUUAUCUUCACUUUCUGAUCUUUUUGAGAAUGGUUACUCCCAAUACCUCCAAUAUCUACAUGAUCAAGAGGAAGGUGAUAAACCUUCCUUUCUCUCUUACACCAGGAAAAGAUUUGCUAUUAUUUAUACAGACCUUAAAAGGUGUUUCAAAGAGUUAUUGUUUCAUGUCCCUAAAUCUAGUAUUUCGGAAGUGAAUUACAACAAUAUCCUUUCAAUUCUCAAAAUGCUUGAAGACUUCAAAAGCAUGUUUCAACGGAACUAUAUUGGGGAUGAAAUUAAGGAAGUUUUCAUGUACAAAAGUGGUGAAUCAGAUUCCAGAAAUACUAGUUUGUUGAAACAUUGGAAGACAAUAAUCACUCUUGGCAAAGUGAGGUUAAAAUGCCUUGAGCAACUAAACAUGUUGUUAAGUUGUUUGAAACUUCCUAUAACAUCCUCAAAGCGUAUCAUUCGGGAUUUCUGUAUUGAACAUGCCUCCAUAAUUUUCUGUACUGUGUCUAGCUCAUCAAAAGUAACUAACAAAAAGGUAGAGUUGCUUGUCAUUGAUGAGGCUGCUCAAUUGAAAGAAUGUGAAACACUGGUCCCUCUGCGUUUGCGCACCUUAAAGCAUGCCAUUUUAAUUGGUGAUGAGUGCCAGUUGCCAGCAACAAUCAAAAGCAAGGUUUGCACAGAUGCAUUAUUCGGGAGAAGCCUUUUUGAAAGGUUGAGUUCACUUGGGCACGAAAAGCAUCUGCUUAAUAUGCAAUACAGAAUGCAUCCAUCCAUUAGUAUUUUCCCAAACCUUAGCUUUUAUGGCGGGAAAAUCUCAGAUGCUCCUAAUGUCAGGGAAGGUGAACACGAAAAGAAGUAUCUUCCAGAUUCUAUGUUUGGUCCUUAUUCCUUUGUAAAUAUUGAAGAAGGGAGGGAGGAAUUCGAUGAUCUUGGUCGUAGCAGAAAAAACUUGAUUGAAGUGGUUGUCAUUGAGGAAAUACUGCGCAAUCUCAGAAAUGCUUGCGCUAAAGCUAAAAGGAAAGUUUCAGUUGGUGUCAUAUGCCCAUACACUGCACAAGUUCUGGCAAUUCAAGAGAAACUAGGGAAAAUGAAAUUUGACCCAAUACAAGUAAAAAUUAAUUCUGUUGAUGGGUUUCAAGGUGGUGAGGAAGACAUAGUCAUUUUAUCUACUGUGAGGUCUAACUCAGAUGGGUUGGUAGGUUUUCUUUCAAACAGACAGCGCACAAAUGUGUCUUUAACACGAGCAAGAUAUUGCCUUUGGAUUCUUGGAAAUGCAACAACCUUAUUAAGCAGUGGUUCUAUCUGGGCUGACCUAAUUCGUAAUGCAAAGGAUCGGGGGUGCUUCUUCAAUGCUAGUAGCGACAAGGCACUCUCGCGCGUGAUUGCUAAACAAAAGAGUGAUCUCAUUAGAGUUGAAGUUAAAAGGAAUAAACCUCCUCUAAGUUCCAGAAACAACAGGGUUUGGGUAUAUUGAGGAACCUUUUCACCCCUGUCAAUGUCAAUGCAUUAUCUGGCACUAGACUUAAUGAAUUAUCCAUCACAUGUAUUCCUUUUCUACAUUUUUUCCCCAAUUUGAUGCAUUAUUAUAUUGUGGUUAGCAUAUAUUUUAGUUGGAAAUGGCACAUAUGGUAUUUGCACUGAAAUUUGUUGAUUCUGUUUCAUGGUUUCUGGGGGAAUCAUGGAAAUUUACACCUUUUAAAAGAACAUCAACAAAAGAAUGGAAGUAGUGUUAGUUCAUCCAACUAUGCAACUUCUGCUGCUGUUGCAACCUAUAACCAGCAAUGUGGUUUGAGUAACUAUUGUUUUCUAUAGUACUAUACUACUAUGUGUGUUAUCUGUCGCUAGAGUAUAAACAGAUCAUUCCUAUUCUGGUUAUGGGUGAGACAAAUUAUUGACCAGCAAACGCUUACUAUUUCAGGUACAGUCUCAAAGUGGUCUGAAUGAGCAAGGCUCUUCUUCAAUGCGUGUUUCACCUGAUGCUGGGAACUCACCGGGCAAUAUUGCUAGUGCUGCUUACUUGCCACGUCUGAUAGAUAAAAAGGAGGAUGUUGAGGAUAUCAUUACCUGCUUACUCGAUCUCAAACUUAACUAAACAUUACUAUGGGCUAAUGAGGUGACUGAUCUCUGUGGCUGUUUCUGAAUCCGCAGUGGCAACAAAACUGGCGGCAGAGUUAUGCAAAGCUCAGAGGCCCAAGCACGCUGUCAAAUGGUUGACAAGAUUCGUUCACGUCCCGCACAAUUUUGCUUUGAGUCGGGCUUUAGGAGUGACCUUAUUUUGCUCACACGCGCAGAUGUUUUUGAAUAUUGAAGUGAAAUGCUACCGGUUAACUGUCGUGGAGAUCUCCAUUAGCUGCUGGGUUCAGAUGUAUCAGCUGUGCUAUGCCGCUGAAUGAUCGGAACUCCUGUUAGUGUUCAGCGGCUAUCGGAUGACAGAUGCAGAGUCGAGACUUAAUCAACUGCGUUACUUAUUUUAUGCCUGUAUUUUUGGGUGCGAAAAAGAUGAUGACGCUUGUGCGCUGCGAUUAGCUGUGCUAUACGUCUGUGAGCUGUGAAACAGCCUUGCUGAAUUCGCCAUUCAGUUUCAAGGAUCUUAUGCUUUAUUUUGGUCA